UAACACCGCUUCUCCAAAGCUUCUCCAACAUUUCGACGAUUUUUUUAUAGAAUGAUUUACGAGGGCACCCAUAACAACUAGAACAAGCCAAGGCAGGCAUCUAAGAAAUACGUUAUUAUCGCUAUGAAAGCAUCGUCGUCGUCGUCAUCAUCAUCACCAUCGCUAUCGCCAUCAGCAGGAAAGCCAGUACCAGCAUUCGUUCGAAAAGCAUUAUUUGAAAUUUUGGGUCUAACUCAACAGCAGCAGCAACAACAAGAGCAUCAUGAGCAUAUGGAGUUGAGCCAAAUCGAGUUGAUCUAUCGUGCUGAGGGUAAUGCAAAUUUGGUGCUUGCGUUGCCGCAAUUUAAAAAAGUUUUACGUUUGCCAAAAAUGCAACAAAAUCAACAGCAACAACAACAACCUUAUCAAGAAAGUAAGCAUCAAGAGCAACAACAACAGCAACAGCAACCGGAAUUGGCUUCAACUACCGGCCAUCAUUUAAACCAAAAAGCACAUAGUGCUACUACUGAAAGUGAUGUUGACGGUGAUAGUAGUGGUGAAUUUUUGACAAUGGAACACUUUGUGGCAUAUAUCGGUAUUAUACGUUGUCUUCUGGGAAAUGAGUUUAUAUAUGAAGCGGAUGCUGUAGACUUGCCAAACCCCAGCGCCAGGCAUUGGAUAAAUCAGCAUAUCAAGCUACAUAGACCAGUUAAACGUUUGGACAAAGGGUUUUUUGGUUCUUCUGGUUUGCUGUUACCAGAUGCUACCCAACUGCCGGUCGAGUUCGAUAUUUUAUUUUCAAAUUUACAGAAAUUGGAAUCAAACUCAGACACGUAUGCUGUAGAAAUAAAACCGAAACAGGGCUGGUUAUGGGAUAUUUAUGACAUUAACAAUUUAAGCGGUAAAAAGCGUGAAACAGCAGCACCUACAACGCAUGUCCAACAACAAUGUGGAAUGCAAGGUUUACCUAAAGUAUCAUUGCCAUCUCGAGCACCGACAAGUUGGCAUGACAACCGUGAUGAUGAUAUAAAAUCUUUCUCGCAGGACAUCAGGUGCCGCUAUUGCAGUAUGCAACUUUUAAAGUUAAAACAAGAGAAAAUCCGUCAACUAAGCCAUUAUUGCCCGAUUAAUUUGUUUUCCGGUGUUCCUGACAAAAUGUUUAAUGCUUUGCAGGCAUUGUUCGAAUGCCCACAAAAUAACCUACGCAUAUAUCGUAAUGGCCAACUAAUUUAUGAUGAUCAUCUCAGUGGAAAUUGCAGUAUUGAACAAGUUUUUCCAAGUGACAAACUACAGAUUAUAAAACAUUUGCUGGUAACGUGUCUGUUAAGGGACUACAGUCAAGAAAUUACCCCAACUAAAGAUGAUAAUAGCAAAGCUAAUACAAUAACUGUUAGUUGCGUUGAUGCAGCUACUAUUGCUAGUAAGUUGCACUCAACUGCAACCUUAACAGAUUGCCGGACAAUGUUCAAGUGUGAGAAUCUUAUAAAACAAAGGCUCCAAAAGAGAAUAACGAACGCGGACACCAUCACUACCACCACCAUUACCUUCACCACCACCACAUUGUUGCCAACCAUAAUAACCAGCUCAAGCAUGUCAACAGAGCAGACGGCGUCAACGGCAACAACGGCUACAACAAUAUCCUUUUCUGUAAGCCCCGAACAACAUCAAAAUGACAGCCAAACGGAAAUGCUAUGCUUACCGAAAAAUUGUAUCUUGCAAAAAAUUUUGCAUUUACAACUAUUGGCUAAGAAAAAUUUCGCGUACAUGCUAAGGCAGCAGUAUGCAAAAAAAUUUGCCAAAACCUAUGGAGAUUUGCGUACGUUACUUAAAAAAUUUAAAGACAAUCAUCAGCGUAUAGCACUGACACAACUUACGCCAGAGGAAGAAUAUCUGUUGGCUGCUACUGCUUUAGAUUGUUCCAUUAUGAUAACAUUCAAAGAAUUAAAGAAGGCAGCAGACGCAGCAGAGAGUUCCUCGAAUAGCCCUUUUGUGGUAGAUUUAUCGGCAUAUGAUUGUAAAUUUUCAACGAAAAUCGCCUUAUUGGACUUGGAUCCAAAGCCUGACAGUCAUUUCGCGAAAUAUUAUCAGCAAACUGAGGAAAUUUUAAAUCUCUUCAAAACUUAAAGAUUGGCUGCACUUACUUUUACUUAGGUGCCUAGAAGAGGGAGGAAUGUCGAUUUGUUUUCC